UUGGUCCUUGGGAAGGGGUUGUUGGCGUGGGUACACUGGCUUGGGGAUUAGAGGCCUUGGGUCUGUCCUGGCGGCACCAUGUCGUUCUGCAGCUUCUUCGGGGGCGAGGUUUUCCAGAACCACUUUGAACCAGGUAUCUAUGUGUGUGCCAAGUGUGGCUAUGAGUUGUUCUCUAGCCGCUCGAAGUACGCACACUCGUCUCCAUGGCCAGCAUUCACGGAUACUAUCCACACUGACAGUGUGGCCAAAUGUCAGGAGCACAACCGACCUGGAGCCCUGAAGGUGUCUUGUGGCAGGUGUGGCAACAGGCUGGGCCAUGAGUUCCUGAACGAUGGCCCCAAGCAGGGACAAUCUCGAUUCUGAAUAUUCAGCAGCACGCUGAAGUUUAUCCCUAAAGACAAGGAAACUUCUGCCUCCCAGGGGCACUAGACGGGCAGCCCACACCCACCCCAGAUGGAUACGCACUGUGACUACAUCUUGGCCUUCACACCUUGACAGUGGAACCCUGGACACAUAGACGGCAUUCUGAACAAGUCUCCUUGGCAAAGCCCUUAUUUGCGAUAACCCAUAACCUUUUGCCAGGAUAGGCCCUGGGUGGGUGCAUGCUGCCAGUCGUCUUAGCCUUUGGCCCACAGUCUCCAGAAGGUGAGCUCUGGGCUCAGCUCACCUUUGAAUGAUGUUGUGCCGCUACCUCUGUUUUUUUCACUGUUUUAUUUUUUUGUUGUUGUUUGUUUUUUUUCUAGUACUGGGAAUCAAACUCACGACCUCACGCUUGCCAGGCAGGCGCUGUGCCGCUGAGCUAAAUCCCCAGCCCCUGUUUUUUUCACUUUGUUACCCUGUCCCUGGAUAUCUGGACCUCCCCUUGUGGGGCCCUGGUCCUCUCCAAAGCUUAUGUCCAUCUGGGGACUGCCCUGGCCAGCUACUUCAGCCCUGGUCACUACAUGAUCUGCUCUGACUAAACCCUUCUAGGCCAGUCAGAGUGGUGAUGAUCUGUGACCUGUCGGGGAGCAAGCCGAUGAGCCACACUCAGAACCAUUGUCCUCUAGCACAGGAAUCUGGAGAUGUUUCACAAUCUGCAGAUGUAGCUUGCUUCACUCAGGCUGGGGAAGCUGCUGUUGCACCAUUAUCUGAUGAACUCAGCAGGGACUAUGAAGUCAUUCUCUUUAGUUCACACUUGGCAGAGAUGUAUCUUCCCAAGAUUUGGCCACUGUGCCUUACUGUGUCCGUGUCCAGAAGCUCUUGUCAUCUAGGAGGGUGGAUGAUGUUGAAGCCCUCCCCAUCUUGAGUACUUUCUGGAGUAAUUAGGUGGAAAUCAAUAAACAGACAAAAGCUGG